AUGUUGAAACAGAAAGUCUUCUUGGUUGGAGCAACAGGCGAAACAGGAGGGAGCAUUCUUCAAGCUCUGGACGAAGAUGGCUCCUUUGAAAUUACCUGCUUUAUUCGCACUGCUUCGGCCGGAAAACCAUCUGUUCAACACCUCAAAGAUAAAGGGUUGAAGGUCGUGCAUGGGGAUCUAACGGAUCCACCCGAGAAGCUCGCUGGCCUGCUCAAAGAUAUCGAUACCGUGAUCCUCACGAUAUUUGCCUUCGAUGUCGGCAUUGAAGCGAAUAUCAUUCAAGCCGCCAGCAUGGCGGCGGUCAAGCGCUUUGUGCUCUGUGACUUCGGGACACCUUGCCCCCGUGGAAUCAUGCCUCUGCGCGAUCGCAAGGAGGCCGUACAUGACCUAAUGUUUGCCCAAAAACUGGGCUUCACCAUAAUCGACGUGGGAUACUGGUACGAGAUAAGCUUCCCUCGUGUACCAAGCGGCAAGUUCGACUAUGCGGCCGUAAUCGCACGGAACCAGGUUGUUGAAGGCGGAACAGCGCCUAAUAUGCUCAUAGCAAAGAAAGAUAUCGGGGGCAUCACUGUUGAGAUCAUCAAAGAUGAGCGCACGCUGAACAAGAAAGUAUUCGUCUGCGGGGAUGUUCUCAACCAGAACGAGAUAACAGCCAUUAUAGAGGAAAAGACUGGAGAGAAGUUGGACCUUACCACGGAAUCAGCAGAAUAUGUGCGAAGAGCUCUCGCAGAAACGAAAAAAGCGGCAGAGGGAGAUCCUACUAACUUACCAAACAAGUACCGGCUGUCCAAUGCUUCGUACAACUUUUCAAAGUAUAUAAGAGGUGACAACACUCCUGAGAAUGCGGAGUACCCGGGGUAUAUUGAUGGACGAAAGUUGUAUCCAAACUUCGUCUUUCAGAAAUUCUCCGAGUUUGUUGACGACUUGGCUGCCGGCAAGGUGGCGAGGGUUUAUCCGCACCUGACGCUGUAA